GACCGGAGAUACAAGACCCGGAGAUACAAGACCCGGAGAUACAAGACCCGGUGAUACAAGACCCAGAUACAAGACCCGGUGAUACAAGACCCGGAGAUACAGGACCCGGAGAUACAAGACCCGGAGAUACAAGACCCGGAGAUACAGGAUCCGAGAUACAGGACCCGGAGAUACAAGACCCGGAGAUACAAGACCCGGUGAUACAAAGAUCCGGUGAUACAAGACCCGAGAUACAAGACCCGGACCCGGAGAUACAAGACCCGGAGACACAAGACCCGGAGAUACAAGACCCGGUGAUACAAGACCCGGUGAUAAGACUGGAGACACAAGGACCGGAGAUACAGGACCCGGAGAUACAAGACCGGAGAUACAAGACCGGAGAUAAGACCCAGGAUACAAGACCCACCGGAGAUACAAGACCCGGUGAUACAAGACCCGGUGAUACAAGACCCGGUGAUACAAGACCCGGAGAUACAAGACCGGAGAUACAAGACCCGGUGAUACAAGACCAGGAAAAGACCCGGUACAAAGACCCGGAGCAACCGACAAGACCCGGAGAUACAAGACCGGAGAUACAAGACCCGGAGAUAAGACCCGGUGAUACAAGACCCGGUGAUAGAAGACCCGAGAUACAAGAACCGGAGAUACAGGACCCGGAGAUACAAGACCCGAGAUACAAGACCGGUGAUACAAGACCAGGAUACAAGACCGGAGAUACAAGACCCGGUGAUACAAGACCCGGUGAUACAAGACCCGGUGAUACAAGACCGGUGAUACAAGACCCGGUGAUAAGACCCGGUGAUACAAGACCCGGUGAUACAAGACCUGACCCGGAGAUACAAGACCGGAGAUACAAGACCCGGAGACACAAGACCGGAGAUACAAGACCCGGAGAUACAAGACCGGAGAUACAAGACCCGGAGAUACAGACCCGGAGACACAGGACCCGGAGACACACAGACCGGAGACAAGAACCUGGAGACAAGACCCGAGAUACAAGACCUGGAGAUACAAGACCCGGAGAUACAAGACCUGGAGACACAGGACCCGAGACAGGACCCGGAGACACACAACCGAGACACAAGACCCUGAGAUACAAGACCCGGAGCAAAGACCCGGAGACAAGACCUGAGACAGCAAGACCUGGAGACACAAUACCGGAGACACAGGACCCGGAGACAAGACACCCGGAGACACAAGACCUGAGACACAAGACCUGGAGAUACAAGACCUGGAGACACAAGACCGGAGAUACACAGGACCUGGAGACACAGAACCUGAGACACAGGACCUGGAGUACAAGACCGGAGACAGGACACCGGAGACACAAGACCUGGAGACACAAGACCGAGAUACAGGACCGGGACACAGACCUGGAGACACAAGACCGGAGAUACAACUGGAGACAAGACCUGGAGACAAGGACCGGAGACACAAGACCUGAGCACAAGACCCGGAGACACAAGACCCGGAGACACAGACCGGCAGACACAAGACCCGGAGAUACAAGACCCGGAAGGGACCCGGAGAGACACAAGACCGGAGACACAAGACCUGGAGAAGGACCGAGACACAGGACCUGGACAAGACCCGGAGACACAAGACCCGAGACACAAGACUUGAGAUACAAACCUGGAGACAGGACCUGGAGACAAGACCCGGAGAUACAAGACCUGGAGAUACAAGGAAGACCUGAGACACAAGCCCGAGACACAAGACCAGAGACAAGACCCGAGAUACAGGACCGAGACACAAGACCCGAGACACAAGACCGAGAUACAAGACCUGGAGACACAAGACCGGAGACACAGGACCGGAGACACAGGACCCGGAGACACAAGCACCUGAGACACAAGACACCUGAGACACAGGACCUGGAGACACAGACCUGGAGACACAAGACCCGGAGACACAGACCCGGGAUACAAGCACUGGGAGACACAAGACCCGGAGACACAGACCUGAGACACCUGAGACAAGACCCGGAGACACAAGACCGAGACACCUGGAACCAAGAGAGAACAAGCACGAGAUGGAGACCUGGAGGACACAGGACCGAGACACAGGACCGGAGACACAGACCCGGAGAUACAAGACCCGGAGACAAGACCAGAGACACAAGACCCGGAGACACAGGACCCGAGACACAGACCGGAGACACAGGACCCGAAGACACAAGACCCGGAGAUACAAGACCGGAGAUACAAGACCCGGAGACACAAGACCGGAGACACAAGACCCGGAGACACAGGACCCGGAGAUACAGGACCGGAGACACAAGACCCGGAGACACAGGACCGAGACACAGGACCGGAGAUACAAGACCGGAGACACAGGACCCGGAGACACAGGACCGGAGACACAGGACCGGAGACAUAAGACCAGACACAAGACCCGGAGACACAGGACCGGGACACAAGACCGAAGACACAAGACCAAGACACAAGACCGGAGACACAAGACCCGGAGACACAGGACCGGAGAUACAGGACCCGGAGACACAGGACCCGGAGACACAAGACCCGGAGACACAGGACCUGGAGACACAGGACCCGGAGACACAGGACCCGGAGACACAAGACCGGAGACACAAGACCCGGAGACACAGGACCCGGAGACACAAGACCGAAGACACAAGACCGGGACAUGGGACCCGGAGACACAAGACCGGAGACACAAGACCGGAGACACAGGACCUGGAGACACAGGACCCGGGACACAAGACCAGGAGACCAAGGGCCAGGGACACAAGACCCGGAGACACAAGACCCGAAGACACAAGACCCGGAGAACAAGACCCAGAGACACAAGACCCGGAGACACAAGACCCGGAGACACAAGACCAGAACACAGGACCCGGAGACACAAGACCUGAGACACAGGACCCGGACACAGAACCGGAGACACAAGACCCGGAGACACAGGACCCGGAGAUACAAGACUGGAGAUACAAGACCCGGAGAUACAAGACCCGGAGACACAGGACCCGGAGACACAGGACCCGGAGACACAAGACCGGAGACACAAGACCCGGAGACACAGGACCCGGAGAUACAAGACCCGGAUACAAGACCCGGAGAUACAGACCAGACACAAGACCCGGAGACACAAGACCAGAGACACAAGACCCGGAGACACAAGACCGGAACACAAGACCCAGAGACACAAGACCCGGAGACACAAGACCGGAGAUACAAGACCGAGACACAAGACCCGGAGACACAAGACCAGAGACACAAGACCCAGAGACACAAGACCCGGAGAUACAAGACCCAGAGACCAAGACCCGGAGACACAAGACCCGGAAUACAAGACCGGAGACACAAGACCGGAGACACAAGACCCAGAGACACAAGACCCGGAGAUACAAGACCGGAACCAAGACUGAGACU